AUGAUUAACUCAAAAUUGAAAAAUUACAUGUUCUUAUGGAGUCAAUCCUUUAGGAACAGAGUUGAGAUACAAAGAUCUUUCAAAAGUUUGUACAGGUUUAUUAAUGAAAUGCUUAUCAAAAUUUAUUGUGCUUUCUUUCAUAAAAGUAAAUGUGAAAUUUAGAACAUUUGGAAAGAAAGUAUUUCUAUUUACUUUUUUUUUAUAUAAUUCUAAAGUAUAUGGCUGCUUUAAAAAAUAAAAAUGCACUAAAUUAAUAAAUGACAAAUAUAAUCUAUAAUUAAUUAUAAUAUUUGAUGUCUUUUAUUGAAUUUUUUUACCACAAUGCCAGUGUUGCUGUAUUAAAUCAAGAAGCAUUAUCCUAUAUAAAAAGUGAUUAACCAGUUGGAAUUUUAAUAGAUAUGUGGCGAUUAAUAAUUUUAGUUAUGAAUAAUAAAGACACCUUGUUUAUUAAUUCAAGUAAAACUUUUUGUAGUGAAAUUAUAGCAUUUGAUUUUAAAGACAAAUCAAUGUAUGAUGAUCACUAGAACGAAAUAAUUCUUAAUUUUUUUUAAGUAUAUGAUUAUUCAGUGUCUUAGAGUUAUAUUGAAAAUUAAUUUGAUUAUAAUAGAUCAGCAUAUGAAUUAUCACCUAUAAUAGUUUCAGGUACUGGAUAAAUAUUAUAUAAGAAAACUAUUUAUUUGUAUUUUUAGACAAUUUUUGGGUUGUAGCACUUAAAAUAUUAAAAUAGAUAUUCAUUUAUUUUGCUUAUUUGAUCUUACCUUGGAUAUUAAUUAAUUUAAAUUUUAUUGCAUUUUUUAUACUUGAUUAUGUAGAAGAUAAGCCAUAUUAUUAUAAGAUAAAAGAAUCAUUUAUUUGGUUUGGUGGCUAAAAUUAACAUGAAAAGGAGAAUAUUUGUAAGUAAGUUUAUCGGUUUGUAUUUGCCAUGGUAAGUUUUUUAAUAGUAAUAAUAUUAUUUUCAGACUUUAUUUAUUUGAUAAUUAAUUCUUUGGCAAAAUCAAAUUUUAAUACAAUCUAAGAUAUGAAANCAAACUUAUUUUUUACUGUUUCUUAAAUAAAUUUUAAAAUUUUAAGGUGUUUCAUAAACAUAUCAUUCAAAAAAUUCAAAAGAAGGUGA